AUGCCCUCAGGUUCGACUCCAGGCUGGAGCAAAUUUUGCAAAAGAUUUGGAAAUUUGGAACAAGUUCUAAAGAAGAAUUUAAGAAUAAGAAGAGGAAGAAACCACUACAACAACGACGACAGGGAGCCCGUCCACGGCCACACCAACAACAUCCACAUCGACACCGAACACGUCGACGACCACGCCAAAAACUGCAUCCUACAGUACGUCGAUGACAACACCAACAACUACAACCUCAAGCACUUCAACUACAACUCCUACAACUAUAGCUGUGAGUACAUCGACAGCCACGCCUACAACUACUGCCGUGAGCACAUCAACGACAAGUACUACAACAAAAACCGCGUCGUCAAAAAUCACGUCGACCCCGAAAGCAUCAUCAAUGCUCUGCUGAAUGGACAAGCAGUAUAA